UUCAGCGCCAGUCGAGCUCAAUCUAACGAGGUAGUUUUGUGUUUGUUUCACUGUCGGCUGUUUUUAUGGUUCACUUCGGGAGCUCCAUUCCUGGCUUUACCUUUUUUCCCACUCUGGACUCUCGCUGUAUGUUUGAGUACGGCUGUCUGGACACCCAUUGAACGUCAGCCUUGUGUGAUCAGUUCACUUCAGCCAAUCAUCGCUGCUCCAGGCGAUGAAGUCAUCCUGCCACCUGGAUCCUGCUUAUAAUGUGGAGGGUCUAACGGAGCGGUCGAAGCCGGAUCUCAAGCCCGACCCCUCUGAUCGGCUGAGCCGUGUCGACUUUAUGCACAUUUACAGGGACUGACGUUAAAACCUGGACAUGAAGAAGACCUAGGUGCUUAUGGUUCACGUCAGGAACUUCGUGCUUGGCUUUACCUUUUUCACUGUACGUUUGAGUACGGCAGUCUGGACGCCCGUUGAACGUCAGUCUCAGUUGAUCGGUUCAUCUCAACCAAUCGUGGUCGCUCUGGGUGAUGACAUCAUCCUGCCAUGUUGCGUGGUGCCUCGGCACAACGUAGAGGAUCUGACCAUGGAGUGGUGGCGUGAAGAUCUACCAUUCAUGAACAAGUAUGUUCACCGUUACCAUGACAACCACGAUGUAGAGGACAUGAAGAUGUCGUCAUACGCUGGGAGGACGACGCUGUUCAAAGACGAGCUGAAACACGGAAACGCUUCACUCAAGAUCCUCAACGUGAAGCUCUCCGACCAAGGAAGCUACAGAUGUGUCAUCCCACAGCUGGGGAGGGCUACGAUUAUUAGGAUUGUUGUCGAUCCAGACUCUGUUAAAACCUGGACAACAGAGACCCCAGUGCUUCCCACAAAUGUCCAAACUCCAGAUCCAAAGGAGGAGACGGAUGUUAAAGGUGGUCGAUCCCAUCAGGGCGUUUGGAUCCCAGCUGUGGUUUUCGGUGUCUUACUGGUCCUGGGAGUCUGUGGUGGCGUCGCUGGAUAUGUGACUAAACACAAGCCUCAAAAACUAAAUGUGAGUCAGAAGGAAACUGAUCACAUUGUGAAAAUCUGACCAGACUUUUCUGGGAGACGGCUGAUCUUGUCCCUCCAGCCGCCAAAGUAUAACGUUGCCCCAGAAAAGCUACUUCCAGUCUAGGUGCCUUGCUCAAGAGCUCGUUGGUAUUUGAUGUCAACGGAGAUGAGAGCGUUCUACACGUCCCUCUCUUGGAUCUGUUCCAUCAGUUUGGGGAUUCAGACCAGCAUCACCUCCAGCCACAAGUGGACCCACUGGAUCAGCAGGAGGGAGCCAGACUCUAUGCAGAAAAGGCUUUGCGUGUCGGUGGUGUCAGCCUCAGCUGUGUGGAGCUGGGCGUCAUCAGUGAGGAUAAGGAGGCGUAGUACAGGGAGGUAGUGGACUCUUUCUUUCAGUGGUGUAGACUGAACCACAUGCAGCUGGUAAGAUGAAGCAGUUCGCGGUGGACUUCUUCAGUUGACAGGAAACAUCUCUAACCCCUCUAGCCUGUUUCCAUCCAGGGCGUGGAUGUGGACACUGUGCAGGACUACAAGUACCACAAUGCACCACAGAUUGAAUCAAACUUUCGCAACUCAUCUACCUGAGGCAGAGACAUUGGGUGCUUAAGGUGGUUUCAGCCUCCAUUUCAGCACAGUUUUAGAUUUUGGGAAUUGUGUAUAAUUUGAACUUUGUUGAUCAUAUUUAUAUUUUACAUAAUUUCCUACUUUGUGCUGCAAAUAUUAAUACACACAAAUCAUAUGUGCAUGUGAUCAGGAUGGUAAAAUUAUAUAUAUUUUUAUAAUACACCACAAUCGAAAAUACUUCCUAUAAUAAAGAGGACCUUCACAACCAUUCGCACUAAUA